GGCGGAAGGAGCUUGGGGAGAAGGAGAGAGAGGGGGGGGGGAUGGCUUUGUAAAGUUGGACAGAGGGGCGAGGCCUUUUCUUUGCAGAAAGUCCCGGUCCGCUUCCGACUUGGGUAUUUGCAGAAUCCAGAAAAUGAUGAGUGAUGCAAGUGAGAUGCUGGCUGCCGCUUUGGAACAGAUGGAUGGCAUUAUUGCAGGUUCCAAGGCUCUGGAAUAUUCGAAUGGCAUAUUUGACUGCCAGUCCCCGACUUCUCCAUUCAUGGGGAGCCUGCGAGCGCUGCAUCUCGUGGAGGAUUUGCGUGGCUUACUGGAGAUGAUGGAAGCGGAUGAAAAAGAAGGAUUGCGGUGUCAAGUCCCAGAUUCGACAGCAGAGAUUUUGAUGGAAUGGUUGCAGAGCCAAAUGACCAACGGACAUAUAUCCACAAAUGGAGACGUGUAUCAAGAGCGGCUUGCACGUUUGGAAAAUGACAAGGAAUCUCUUGUACUUCAAGUGAGUGUCCUUACUGACCAGGUAGAUGCUCAAGGAGAAAAGAUAAGAGAUCUGGAGCUCUGCCUAGACGAACACAGAGAGAAGCUGAAUGCCACAGAAGAAAUGCUGCAGCAGGAGCUCUUAAGCAGAACAUCCCUCGAAACUCAAAAGCUGGACCUUAUGGCAGAAGUUUCCAACUUGAAGCUCAAGCUGACAGCUGUGGAAAAGGAUCGACUUGAUUAUGAAGACAGAUACAGAGACACUGAGGGCUUGAUGCAAGAAAUUAAUGAAUUGCGGCUAAAAGUAGGAGAAAUGGACAGCGAGAGACUUCAGUAUGAGAAAAAGCUUAAAUCUACCAAAUCUUUAAUGGCCAAACUUUCUAGCAUGAAAAUCAAAGUGGGCCAGAUGCAGUAUGAAAAGCAGCGGAUGGAACAAAAAUGCCAAAUGUUAAAGGAAGAAUUGUCAUCAUUAAAAGAUAAAUUAGAACAGAAGGAAGCUGAGAUAAAACAGUUGCAAGAGAGACUGGCUCACCAGGUGAAAGGAGAUGGAGUGGACAUAAAUGACAGAGAUGAAAAUUGUAAAAAGAAGCUCAAAGACAAAAAUAUUGAGGUGCAGAAAAUGAAGAAAGCUGUAGAAUCUCUAAUGGCAGCAAAUGAAGAAAAGGAUCGGAAGAUUGAGGAGCUUCGACAGUCUCUCAAUCGAUAUAAGAAAGUGCAGGACAUGGUGAUACUGGCUCAGGUCAAAAAAGGAAAGGAUGAUGAAUGUGAGGAGUCUACAAACUCAGGAUCUCUUUCAAUGACUUUGUCAGAUGAACAGAUUCUAAACGAAUAUGAGAAAAGUCCAUCCCCUACACCAGGAGAAGGCUCUCCAAACUACGAAGAGUUUGGAACACAAACUCCUGAAAAGAAUUCACCACAGAUCCAUACUAGUGUCUUGCAAGUUCCCAUUCCUUCUUUUUCACCAGCAUCCAGACGUUCAACAGAAUCAACUGAUAAAGUUAUUGCAAGUGAUGCCAGUGAAAAACACACACCGAUGGCGUCUAUGGGAACACAGCUAGGCGACACAAAAUUUAUGAAGCGCCUUCAAACAAGCUAUAUAGCACCAGGAAUUUACAGAAUUUUAACUUCAGCUCUGCAAAAAUCCAGCAGUCUUGGAAACUUGAAGAAAGAAGUCUCUGAUCAGGACAAAGAGUCUGUGCAGAAGCAGGAAGAGAGCAAAGCAUCGAUGGAGAGUAGCAAAUAUGGAACCCUCCCUCCCAAAUCCCCAGGUGAAGAAGAUGCCUUUGGGACUCGGAAGGGCCGGUCUUCUUUUGGGCGAGGCUUUUUCAAGAUCAAAAGUAGCAAAAGGACAGCAAGUGCACCUAACUUGGAUCGCAGUCGAAGUGCAAGUGCACCCACCUUAGCUGAGACAGAAAAAGGAUUUGCAGACCACCUCGAUUUGGCUGGCUUGCCGCCUCGACCAAAAGGUACAGCAGACGGGCCUCUGACUCCACCUUCUCCUGACUCCAAAAAGAAAGCAAGAGGAAUCAAGAAGUUGUUUGGAAGACUCAGGAGAAGCCAGUCUACCACAUUUAAUCCAGAUGACAUGACAGAGACUGAGUUCAAAAGAGGAGGAAUAAGAGCAACAGCAGGACCAAGAUUAGGCUGGUCGAGAGAUCUUGGACAAACCAAUAAUGAAUUGGACAUGCCAUUUGCUAAAUGGACAAAGGAGCAAGUUUGCAACUGGCUUCAUGAACAGGGCUUGGGUUCUUACAUAGGUCAUGGCAAACACUGGAUACUUUCGGGUCAGACUCUGUUGCAAGCUUCUCAGACUGAUUUAGAAAAGGAACUUGGAAUAAAGCAUCCAUUGCACCGGAAAAAACUUCAGCUUGCUCUUCAGGCAUUAGGAUCAGAAGAAGAGAACAACCAUGGAAAACUGGAUUACAACUGGGUUACAAGGUGGUUGGAUGAUAUUGGACUACCCCAGUAUAAGACCCAGUUUGAUGAAGGAAAGGUUGAUGGCCGAAUGCUUCAUUAUAUGACUAUCGAUGACUUACUGUCUUUGAAAGUUGUGAGUGUCCUUCACCACCUUAGCAUCAAACGUGCCAUUCAAGUUCUAAGGAUAAAUAACUUUGAGCCCAACUGUCUGCGCAGGAGACCGUCGGAUGAGAAUAACAUCACACCAUCAGAGGUUUCACAAUGGACCAAUCAUCGGGUGAUGGAGUGGUUGCGGUCAGUUGACCUUGCAGAAUAUGCUCCUAAUUUGAGAGGGAGUGGCGUUCAUGGAGGGCUAAUGGUUUUGGAACCUCGUUUCAAUGUAGAGACCAUGGCUCAGCUGCUGAACAUCCCACCCAACAAGACCCUCCUGAGGCGGCACUUGGCAACCCAUUUUAAUUUGCUGAUUGGUCAAGAGGCCCAGCAGCAAAAGCGUGAAGCCAUGGAAUCUCCAGAUUAUGUCCUUUUAACAGCUACAGCCAAAGUGAAGCCAAAGAAACUUGCUUUUAGUAAUUUUGGAAAUUUAAGGAAGAAGAAGCAGGAAGAUGGGGAAGAGUAUGUUUGUUCGAUGGAUUUGGGACAGGCAUGCGGAAUGGGAUCAAAGAAAGGGAUGAAGCCUGCUUUAGAUAUCAGAGUGUAUGAUGAGGACGAUCUGGACAGACUGGAGCAGGUAAUGGUUGUUGCAAUGGAAGAUUCAGAAGGUACCGUGAGGCAAAUAGGGGCAUUUUCUGAAGGCAUCAACAAUUUGACUUACAUGUUAAAAGAAGAUGAAAUGUUCAAAGACUUUGCUGCUUGCUCCCCUAGUGCCAGCAUAACUGAUGAGGAUUCAAAUGUGUGACAGUGUCAGCGCUGGAUGCUUCUGCUUUCUGAUAGUCCUCAGAGUGCCACUGUUAGAUGCGAUGGAGACACCACGUCAUGUAAUGGAAGGUCAUCUUUGCUUCUGUUUGUUAGAAGUGAUAUUUUCCUGGGAGACAAUAAGAAGAGUUGCCAAUUCUAAAGUUGCCAUAAGAUCCACACCAGGGGGGGAAAUAUGUAUAGUUUCCUCCUGUGUAUAUUUUUUCUCUUGUGUUGAAACUUGUGACAUGUUUCAAGUAUCAUAUUUAAUACGACUCUGCUGCUGUAAUGUUCCUUCAGAGAGCUGUGCCAUAUCAUAUAUCUGUAUUUCUCUUACUCAGUGUUUUUUUAAAUAAGAAAUAUAGGUGCCGGUACGUCCCAUGCCCCCUCUCCACCGCCACUUGCCCCCCCCCCACUCUCUCCUUCCUCCUCGGCCACCGCUUCCCAAGGCUGGAGCCAGAGCGCCUUCUAGGAAGGGGCUUCCCAAUUGUAAAAAGGUUGUGCCAAAGCUCCUCUACUCUGGGGCGACCUUUUUAUGUUUGUCAGGCACCUUCCUGGAAGGCACUUUGGCGAUUGUAAGCAUUGUGCCAAAGCACCUCCGGGAGCCAUGCCUGCAGCCUCGGGAGGAGGUGGCGGAGAAGGAAGCGGCAAAGGUGCGGGUGGGUGGGCAAGCGGCGAUGGCGAGGUGGUGGCAGGGGAAAGAGGGGGCUGUGCAGCAGACGGGCGCGUGCCGCCUUAAAGAAAGCUCUGUUCAUACUUUUCUUCAAGUAAUACAAAAAGAAAAGAAAACCAUUCAACUAGAGACCUCUGGAAUUGGCAUCCAUUGUAUAUAUUUCAGCAGGGCAAAAAACUAAUCCUGGAAAUCCUGGUUUCCUGUUUGAACAAAUUGCUCAAAAGUAAAUAACUAGAGUAUUCACUGGUGGCUAAACCAGUGCUCAUAUAAUCCACAAAAUCAGAAUCAUCUUGUCUUAUUUUUAUACAAUUUUUAUUAAAAGAAAAAAAUGUAUUGAGUACAUACAAAUCAGAAUUUUAUAUUGUAGUGUAAGUUGAUUACUUUUUUUAAAAAGAGAGGAAUUCCAGUUUGAAAACCAGCUGGUUACUGGAGAAGUCAGACUGAUCGUAUAAAUGACUUGUGCCUCCCCCCCCCAAGUGAUGCCUGCAUUCUUACAUUAGGAAUGAGUUAUAAAAAUUGAGAUUUUUUUCAUCAUUAAGAAAAAUCUCUGAGCUUUCCCUUUUCCUGCAUUAAAAUAGGAUUUUAAUAACAUUUUAAAAAUUUGAGACUGAGGAACAGCCUUUGGAAAGAUCCAUUUUCUCUCUCUCCCUUGAUGCAGCAAUGGAAGUGUUCUUUAAAUUUAUACCAAAAGGAGCAUUAGCGAAUUCACUUUAUUUUACAGUAUUGCAUUCAGAUAUGGAAUCUUGCCUUUUAAGUAUAUUUGACCAUAAUAUAACAUAUUGACAGAUAUUUAUAUAGUACUUGGUUUUUUGUAAAACACAACUUGUAUUGACUUUUUAAAAACUUGUAAAAUUCAGAUUAGCCGGUCAAAAAAUGGUUGCUGAUGCUUUCAGCAGAAUA